GGCUGGGCCUCCAUCAGCAGGGGUGUGCUGGUGUGUGACGAGUGCUGCAGUGUGCACCGGAGCCUGGGACGCCACAUCUCCAUUGUCAAGCACCUUCGCCACAGCGCCUGGCCUCCCACACUGCUGCAGAUGGUGCACACGCUUGCCAGCAACGGGGCCAACUCCAUCUGGGAGCAUUCCCUGCUGGACCCCGCACAAGUGCAGAGCGGCCGGCGCAAAGCCAACCCCCAAGACAAAGUCCACCCCAUCAAGUCAGAGUUCAUCAGGGCCAAGUACCAGAUGUUGGCGUUUGUGCACAAGCUUCCCUGCCGGGACGAUGAUGGAGUCACUGCCAAAGACCUCAGCAAGCAACUGCACUCAAGCGUGCGGACAGGCAAUUUGGAGACAUGUCUGCGCCUGCUGUCCCUGGGUGCCCAGGCCAACUUCUUCCACCCAGAGAAGGGCACCACACCUCUGCACGUGGCUGCCAAGGCAGGGCAGACGCUCCAGGCUGAGCUUCUUGUAGUGUAUGGGGCUGACCCUGGCUCCCCUGACGUUAAUGGCCGCACACCCAUUGACUACGCCAGGCAGGCGGGGCACCAUGAACUGGCUGAAAGGCUAGUCGAGUGCCAGUAUGAGCUCACUGACCGGUUGGCCUUCUAUCUCUGUGGACGCAAACCAGAUCACAAGAAUGGGCAUUACAUCAUCCCACAGAUGGCUGACAGCCUGGACCUCUCUGAGUUGGCCAAAGCUGCCAAGAAGAAGCUGCAGGCACUCAGUAACCGGCUUUUUGAAGAACUCGCCAUGGAUGUGUAUGAUGAGGUGGAUCGAAGAGAAAAUGAUGCUGUAUGGCUGGCUACCCAAAACCACAGCACUCUGGUGACCGAAAGAAGCGCUGUACCCUUCCUGCCUGUUAACCCCGAAUACUCAGCCACACGGAAUCAGGGACGACAGAAAUUGGCCCGUUUCAAUGCCCGAGAGUUUGCCACCCUGAUCAUCGACAUCCUCAGUGAGGCCAAGCGGAGACAGCAGGGCAAGAGCCUCAGCAGCCCCACAGACAACCUCGAGCUGUCUGCGCGGAGCCAGAGUGACCCCGACGACCAGCACGACUACGACAGCGUGGCCUCAGACGAGGACACCGAUCAGGAACCCCCUCGGAGCACCAGCGCCGCUCGGAACAACCGUGCCCGGAGCAUGGACUCCUCAGACCUGUCCGACGGGGCUGUGACGCUGCAGGAGUACCUGGAGCUGAAGAAGGCCCUAGCCACCUCUGAGGCCAAGGUGCAGCAGCUCAUGAAGGUCAACAGUAGCCUGAGUGAUGAGCUCCGGAGGCUGCAAAGGGAGAUCCACAAGCUGCAGGCAGAAAACUUGCAGAUCCGGCAGCCACCAGGGCCGGUACCCACACCUCCACUUCCCAGUGAGCGAGCAGAACACACGUCCAUGGGGCCGGGCGGGAGCUCCCACCGCAGGGACCGCCAGGCCUUCUCCAUGUAUGAGCCAGGCUCUGCCCUGAAGCCCUUUGGGGGGCCACCUGGGGAUGAGCUCACUACCCGGCUACAACCUUUCCACAGCACUGAGCUGGAGGACGAUGCCAUCUAUUCAGUGCAUGUUCCUGCUGGCCUCUACCGGAUCCGGAAAGGGGUGUCGGCCUCAGCGGUGCCCUUCACUCCCUCCUCCCCAUUGCUCUCCUGCUCCCAGGAAGGAAGCCGCCACACGAGCAAGCUCUCCCGUCACGGCAGCGGUGCCGAUAGCGACUACGAGAACACGCAAAGUGGGGACCCGCUGCUUGGACUGGAAGGGAAGAGGUUUCUAGAGCUGGGCAAAGAGGAGGACUUCCACCCAGAGUUGGAAAGCCUUGAUGGAGACCUCGACCCCGGGCUUCCCAGCACAGAGGAUGUCAUCCUGAAGACUGAACAGGUCACGAAGAACAUUCAGGAAUUGUUGAGGGCUGCCCAAGAAUUCAAGCACGACAGCUUUGUGCCCUGCUCAGAGAAGAUCCAUUUGGCUGUGACUGAGAUGGCCUCUCUCUUCCCAAAGAGGCCUGCCUUGGAGCCUGUGCGCAGCUCGCUGCGGCUCCUCAACGCCAGCGCCUACCGGCUGCAGAGUGAGUGCCGGAAGACAGUGCCCCCAGAGCCUGGCGCCCCUGUGGACUUCCAGCUGCUGACUCAGCAGGUGAUCCAGUGCGCCUACGACAUCGCCAAGGCCGCCAAGCAGCUGGUGACUAUCACCACCCGAGAGAAGAAGCAAUGACCACUCUCCCUGUGCCCUCGCCCCCACCCUGAGACCUCACUGGCCAUGGGAGCUGGGCCACUCCAGACACUAAUCCCCACCCCAACAGAGCCGCUGGCGCAAGUGCCCUUAGUGUUGCCACUCACCCUG